GAGAUUUUGAGUUUCGGCGAUACAUAUUUUGUUUUUCGACUCGUUUAUACACCGGUCAUCCAGACACGCUUUAACACAUCAAUAAACUAGUGCAACUCUCUUAAAAUGACUUUUGUUGAAACAUUUCUGUUUUGCAUUGAGCUAAAAUAUGGUUUAAUUAUAAUAGGGUUCGUGGACAUGAUCUUAAGUGCAAUCCUUGGAAGUUAUUUACCAUGGAUAAGGCGAAAAGCAGAUGAUGAUCUUGGGUUACUUACGGAAGAGCCUCAAACCGCUAGAAUUACAAAUUCUAAAAUAAUUAGCGAAUACAGGUUCUAUACCGGUGCCGACUUUUACUUCAAUAGGUUCGGCUAUUCAAUGUUCAUAUUUUGUGUGGUCGUCCUUACCCUCCACAUUGGCUCCUGUAUACUACUCAUUUGUUCAGCGAUUUCCGACACAAAAUGGAUGUCGGCUCCCUAUGUAGCUACUGCGCUAAUGCGUUUCGUUGUUUUGCUUCUUAUUUUGAUUUGGAUAGUUACUAAGUCGUUUGAUUGUACCACCAGUUUUUGGUUGAUCGGUCUUAGUCUAUUUCCAGCCACUUACUUCUGGCUAUCGGUCGUCUCGUGGUAUCAGCCAGUCGAAUAAAAAAAUUUUGUGUUCAAUUUUGUGUUUCUAAAUCUGUAGUUGGCCUUGCAAAGUCAUUU